AUCCCUGCACUGUGUUUAGGAAUAACCAGUUUUGUUGCACGUCCGGAAAUAUCUGCGAGCCUACGAGUUAUUCUAAGUUUUUUAAGGAUCUUUGCCAAGAAGCCUUUACUUACCCUUCAGAUGUUGGCCUGAGAAGCACUUGCCCAACUGGGAAAGACUACAAGGUCGUUUUCUGCCCAACCAUAAGCUAUACAGACCAGAUGAUCACCAGAUCGUUAUUUGAUAAAAUGCUGAAACACCGGAAUGAUAACCGGUGCCCAACUCACGGGCUCUACACCUAUGAUGCUUUCAUCACUGCUGCUAGGUCUUUCAAUGGUUUUGGCACUACCGGUGAUGAUGCCACUCGUAAAAGGGAGCUCGCGGCUUUCUUUGGUCAAACCUCUCACGAAACCACAGGGGGAUGGCCAAGUGCACCGGAUGGUCCAUAUGCAUGGGGUUAUUGCUUUGUGACUGAAAUCGGCAAUAAUGAUCGUUACCGUGGUCGAGGACCUUUUCAACUCACUUACGACUACAAUUACAACCAAGCAGGUGAAGCCAUUGGGGUUGAUUUGAUAAACAACCCGGAUCUAGUUGCCACGGAUCCAGUUGUAUCUUUCAAGACAGCUAUAUGGUUCUGGAUGACACCACAAGGAAACAAGCCGUCUAGCCACAACGUGAUCGUAGGGAAAUGGACACCGUCCGAUGCUGACAAGUCAGCAGGUCGAGCCCCGGGCUACGGUGUGAUCACGAACAUAAUCAAUGGUGGGCUUGAGUGUGGGAAGGGUCAAGAUGCUAGGGUGGCUGAUAGGAUCGGUUUCUACAAGUGGUACUGUGACAUAUUGGGAGUGAGUUAUGGGAACAACGUGGAUUGCUAUAGUCAAAGGCCUUUCACCUAA